UCCUCUUGCAUUUCUUUAUUCUCUUGUUUUUGUUUCCUAUCCUAACCUCUGAAACUCACUCCCUUCCUGACCUCACCAGACUCCUCAUUUCCAGCUCUUCCCAACCCACCAUUGUCUUCCAUUGUUUCUCUUAACAUCUUCAAUGGAAGAUAGCCCCAGAUUCAAACCCAACACCCAAAAACGAAGAACCAGCACCGACUCCAGCUCACCCGAAUUCGACUUCUGGAGGCUGCAAAACCCGUCUUGCCCGCAACCCAAUCUCGUCUCUGCCGACGAGCUAUUCGUCGACGGUGUCAUUCUCCCUCUCCGCCUCUUCCCCGCCCGCAAUAACCCGCCCGACCCGAACUCCCGACCCGGCUCGGAGGAGAUAUCUGCUCCCGACCCAGAACCUGAACCCGGCCCCGAAGCCCACGUGGCCGCCGGAGCAGCUCCGGCGCCGGUACUGACGGCGUCGAAGCGGUGGAGGGACAUGUUCAAGAAGAAGAGUGAGGGCGGUGAGAAGGAGAAGGAUAAGAAGAAGGAGCGGAAGAGCGGGGGAGCAGCGAGCUCGGCGGAGCUGAAUAUUAAUCUGUGGCCGUUUUCGCGGAGCAGAUCCGCCGGAAAUGCAUGUACCCGACCCAAGGCAGCUUUCGGGGCUCCGGCAACCCGGAAGGUGAACAGCGCCCCGUGUUCGAGGAGCAACUCCACCGGCGAGUCAAAGGCAAUGAGGAAAUGGCCGGCGAGUCCGGGUCGGCCCGGAGUCCACUUGGGACGGAGCAGCCCGGUUUGGCAGGUCCGGCGCGGAGCCUCCGGCCUGAGCAAAACCUCCGACACCCAUGUCAGAAAUGCCGAAAAGAGCGCCAAAAAAGAAGCUCCCGAAACUCGCCGGAGUAAAACCGCCCUAGGCGGCGGCGGUCACGGCAGCGUAAAGCCCAGAGUCUUGAAUUUGAAUGUGCCGACGUGUAUUGGAUACAGAAGCCAUUUGAGCUGUAGGAGUGACGUCAUGAAUAGUGCUGUAGGAAUCCGAGGGAGUAGUGGUAGCAACAAACGUAGCGCCGCCGCUGACGGUGGUGGAGAUAGUAAUGCUGCUGGGGCUGGUAGUAAUCUUUUUAACCUGCGCAGCCUUUUCUCUAAGAAGGUGUAUUAAGUUCUUGAUCAUCACCAUCAUCAUCCUCUCAUUAUUUAAUUUUCUGUUCCAACAUAUAUAUUAACUCUAUAAAAUUAUCCAAGGGAUGAUUUUGUAUGAAUCUUCUUCUUCUCUCUUUGAAAAUCAUAAGGAGAGAAAAAGGGUUUCUUUUUGUUUUUUCACAUGUAAAUUAAAUGGAAAAGGUAGAGCU